AUGUCUGACAGUCUCCGCAAAGGUGUUGGCGAGCAAGUCUCCGAGAAGGUCACUCCCGACUCCCAAAAAUCCACCACCACCAAGAUCGGAGAGAACAUCUCCGGAGGUGCUGACAAGGCUGCUGGUGCCGUUCAACCUUCCGACUCCAAGUCCACCACCCAAGAACUCUCUGACAAGACCCGCUCUGGAACAGACGAUGCCCAAAGCCAAGGAAAGGGUAUUCUCGGUUCCGUCUCAGACACUGCCGGCGACGCUGCCAACACUGUCUCUGACACCCUCUCCAACACUGCCUCUUCCCUCACUGGCAACAAAUAA